AUGAACAAACGCUCCCAAAUAACGCAUGUCACUCCACUCCCAUCAUACGUCUCUCGCGAUGCAGUCCUCGAAUUGCUGCACGACCACUCGACAAUCAUCACCUUGAAUCCUCUCGUCACACAUCACGGCCGUACCAGACCACCCGAACACGCCCUCCCAGACGAACAUUCAUCAGCAUGGUACGAAAUAACGGAUAAGAUCGAAUACAUCCCGGGCACUUCGCUGACCGGCAGCGUCACCUACACGGCAUGCAUGCACGACCUCCCUAACGGCCUUCAAACACACAUUCACGCCCCCGGGGGUCUCGAAAUUCGCGGCAAAUGGCAAUUACUGGGCUGGUUACCAGGCGAGGAACGCGACGCACCCGAAAUUGGCACUGAGCAGCACGGUAUUCCCAGGGAAGGACUAUAUUUGAGGGAAGAUUGUGAUUUGAAGUGUAAUUUCUUUUUGACGCAUUUCGUGAAGAAGAGCAUACACAAGUCGCAUAAGGUGCUGGUUAAGAGGUUGUUGAAGUUGGCAAGUGAGCGGACUGCACCAAAUGGAAGGCGGGCGAAGUCGGCGAAUACGGAGGAGGUGGAGGUCAGAGUUAUAUCGGAUAGUCCCUCGAGACCGGAUGGGGCAACGUCGCCGUUUAAUGAGCAGCGGCAACGGAAUGUACUCGAGUGGCAGUCAAAGGGGUAUUCUGUUUCGGUUUCCGGCGGCACGCAGCAGAAUGUGACAGUAUCAAGAUCGUCGUCGGCGCGACAAGACCAAAUUUCGCGACGAGGUCGGUCCCAAUCACCGGGAUAUGCAUUCGUGAAGCCGUCGCUAGGCUCGUCGAAACGAUACCCGUCCGAGGGACCGUCGAAUCGACGGAAUCGGGACGAUUCUCCGGUGUCAAGGCCGUCAACUAAUAGUUCAGAGUGA